AUGUCAGUAAACCCUGCAACGACAGAGUUGAUUAUACGUCAACUAAAUCAAGCCAAACAAUUGGGAAUCACACAACCAGAAACCUUUGUCCGGGUUUAUAAACAAAUAUUACCAAUCAUAAAUAAUAACCAAUCAUAUGCUAUUAAACAUUGGGGGAUUGAACUCAUUUAUGAGACUUUUAUUAAAGACGUUUAUCAAAUACGGAAUGUUGAUAAAGUAGAUCUUGCUAUUGAUUCUCUUGAUACGUUAACUAUUCUUAUGAAUAUACCUAUAACUAUCCAACAGCAACAGCAGCAGAAACAGCAGCAGCAAGAGGGCCAAGCAAGGGAAGGACAUGAUGUGGAGACCUUUGGCCAGUUGAUUGAUAUUUCUUUGAUUGUUUACAAGUUGGUAUUCAAGUAUAUUAGCGAAAAUGAAGGAUGUAAUUCACUUUGGAGUAAAUUGACGGAAUUGAAGAAUUCGUUAGUUAACAAAUUCCAAUCCAAUUAUCCCUUGAGUUCAUCAGAUAAUAGUGAAUAUGAUUUGAUGAGAAAUAUCACUACAAAACUUGAAUUACUCAAAUUUUUAAUGACAGUGAUUGAUUAUCAAUCGAGAACUUCCGUUAUUGGUGAACCUAUUUCAAAAGUUGGAUUUUCAUUGAAUGAUGUGCCUCCUAAUCAUUCAUUGAUUAAAUAUGAAAAUAUGGAAUAUGAGUCAAGUACGUUGUUUACAACCUUAGUUUUGAAGGUGUUCUAUUUGGAUAUUAUAAUACCUCCACUAGUCACCGCCACUUUGAACCAUUGCAUUAUCAUCUUGAAGAAAAAGCCCCAAUUAGCGUUACAUUUACUUAAAGCGGUAGAGCAAUACGAUAGUAACAAGAAGAAACAAUCCAAUUACCAAUCAGUAGACCAAUUUAAAUUGGCCAGAAAAUAUGUUGAUAGAAAUAUUAGAAUAUUCCUCAGCUACGCAAAGAGGAACUCAUUGAUUCCUCCAAAUAUGAGAGCAUCACUCGAUGAUCAAAUCAAUGCUUUAACAGAAAGAGGUGUUGAUUUGAGAAGAAAACAUAUCUUUUCUAUUGAAGAUAACAAUAUUAAAAAAAGACCAUUUGAAGGGUUUCAUAAUCCAUCGAAAAAAUUGAAAAUUAUGGAUUAUAAACAUUUAUACACUCUAAAUGAUCCUAAUGAUAAAUUGAAUGGUUUUGACUUUAGUACAGUUCCACCACAAACUUGUGCUAGAGUAGUUGUCAAUGCAUUACAAAAAGCAUCUGUUUCAAGAUUGACAAAAGCUUUGGAGAUUGUGAGUGAACGAUACAAGGAUGCUCUAACCCAAGCGACGAUUGAGGUAAAACAAGAAAAGAUUGAUCCACUGUUUGCCAAUGGGGCUAAUGCCGCAGUUAUUACCGUAAAGAAGGAGUCCACCAAUGAGUAUGAUAAUGAUUAUGAAGAUGACGAUGACGAAGAUGAUUAUGAUGAUGAAGAAAGAGAGGACCCUUCAUUUUCUCUAGCACCACCAAAGGAAUUGUCAUUUAAUGACAAAAAGACCCACAUCUCUAUAAUCAUUGAUAAUUUCUUCAAGCUUGCAAAAAUCAACAACAUUGAUGCAAAUACAAGUAACGGAAUGAAAAAACCAGAGAUCAAACUCGAACAGUCCGAUGACUCUAUCAAUAAAGAUUUAACUGAUGUUGCUAUUAAGUCAUUUAAUAAAGAUACAUGGGUGUUACUAUUAACUAGAUUAGCUACUAGAGGAAUGAGAACUGUUGCUGAAGAAGAUGGAAUUGUUGAUAAAGUACCCGAUGAUCAAAAUAAAGAAGAUAUGGGUGCGAUGAUUCGAGAUGCCAUAUUCAAGUUUUUUAUUGAAAAUAUCCAUGAACGAGUCGAUGUUGUAAUUGAAUGGUUAAAUGAAGAAUGGUUUAGUGAACAAACCUUUCAGCAAAAUAGAAAACAGCAAAAGGAUAAUGCCAAUGGGACGAAGAUUUUGGCUUCACAAGUUUCAACACCAGUAUAUUAUAAAUGGGCAAACAAAGUUCUUGAUUCAAUGAUUAAUUAUUUGGAACCCAAUGAUAAACGAAUUUUCCUUCGAUUACUUAGUGAUUUACCAAUGUUGAAUGAAGAAAUGUUACAAAAGAUUAAAUCACUUUGUUUUGACCCCGGUAGAUCGAGUAUUGGAUUUUUAGCAUUACAAUUCUUGAGUAUGUAUCGUCCUCCUGUUAAAGCCAUUUGUGUCAAGAUAUUGCAAGAGUUGAGUGAAAGUGAUCAAGAAGACGUUAAAGAGGAAGCUAAGAGGAAAUUAAGUAGAUUAUAG